UCGAUACACAACAGGAGCAACACACGUCGUCCUACACAAAUUUAUUAGAGCAGCAGCUAUACAGCAUCACCCUUUGUUAUUAUUCCUCUGCAUUUAUCUGCGCAUCGAUGGAUUCUUACGGCGAACAGACAAAUAUUGCGGAGGCCGUCCGAAAUCUGGCCAACAAGAACCUUCAGAAGGAGAGGCUUUUGCAGGACAAGAGUCGACUGCAGUCGGAGCUGGACGCCGUCUGCAAGAAACUUGAAGUGGACCGAAUGCGAUUGAGGGAUUUGGACUACGCGACCCAGCCGUGCCAGAAUGCCGGACACGGAUGGAAUUUCAAUACGCGAUUCUCCUUCGCCAAUCGAAUCCUCCUAAAUAACCAUUCAUUGAAGGAAGAGUGCAGUCGACUACAAGUGGAGAAAGCCAACCUCAUCCGGCAAAUUCACAGCGUGGAUCAGCAAAUCAAUUCACUACGUCAUUAAUUCGAUCAACAAGAUAUAAAGAAAACCAACCCCGGAGCUUUUAAAAUACGCUUUGAUUGAUUGAUUUAAUAUUAUAUAAAAUGUGUGCGCGUCUAUCACCCUGUCACUUUACUAAAAAUUGUCGUCAUGGCAAUCCAAUUUGAAAUUUUUUUCCCCUUUU